AUGUUUCAAUGUGGAUCAGAUAGGUUUCUUCUUACAGAGCUGUUCUUACCAGAGAUUCUACAGCUUGUACAGUUAGUGAGCAACCCAGCCAGUAAAGUGAUCCUUUCCAAACUGAUUAGUUUAUGGACAGAGAAAGCUUUGAAUCUGUCUAAAGAUCCAAAGCUUCCACAAGGUCUUCAAGCGCGAUUUAUUGGUGGAAGCGAAUUAGUUCAAAAUAUUUUAGAAUACAUAUGGAAUUCUGUGGAUGACUCUUUGGAUGCAGUCAGACAAAAUGCUCGAAUCGCUUUCGACCAAAUAUUAAAGACUCAUAUUCUCCUUUCGAAAGGCAGUGACAUUGAAACAGAUCCUUGGAUUUCAAAAUUGAUUAAAGAAGUUCUGGAUAUACCUUGGUGCAAGAGAGGAAAAUAUGCUCCAUUAUCCUGUCUUGUAGGGAAUUUAGGUGCUUCGCGACUUAUUCAACAUUGUCCGAACAUAACUAAUUAUAUCAUACACCAAUUAGCAGAUCACACUCUAGCUUGCUAUUGCAGUGAAUUUUAUGAAAAACUUUACACAAGCCAUAAAUUAGAACUUUCACCUGAAAAAUCUUUCGAGUGGUUUAAAAUUUGGGUGAAUCCAGUGAUAGAAGGACUUUGUUUAAACUGUAAGAGCACAAAGAAUCAUAUUCUUCAAUAUCUUCUUCCAAAACUGAUGUCUUUCAGUAAUGACAUUCUUCAAUAUAUGAUAGAAUACCUAUCGAACCGUGACUCCCAAUCGCAAGGCACUCUUGGUGCAUUGAUCAUGUGCUUGCGUCGUGGGCGCUCCCUGGGACUUCUCGAUGAUCAGAAAAGUGAUGAGAAAAUGUGGUGUGGUGUUGUCCACAUGGAUGUUUUGAAGUAUGCUUUGUGUUCUUUGGAUGAACAGAUUCGAUUAGAUGCUUUCUCUUUGAUGUGUGAAAACAAAAAGACAUCCAAACCUAUCAAAUCUUUAGAGUUUGAACUAGUCAAACUUUUCAUUCCAAAUAAUUUAAAUAACCAAGCACCUUCUUUUAGACAGCACAUGACCGCUUACUCCAAAAAGUUUUGUAAUCGUAUAAAUGACAGUCAAAAUUCAUUGAUCCGCCAAAUGGAGAAAUCAAGAAAAGUUGAAGAGAAGAAACAGCUCCAAGAAGAGCUUUUGAAAUACAAAAACUUUCUUAAAUGGCUUCAGAGCUGUCUUUUUCAAUGUCUUUAUCCAGGAGCGGCCUUUGCCAUGAGGACAUCUUGCUUGAAAUUGCUUAGGACUCUGAUGGAUGUCUUAUAUCCACCAAGUAGUGAACAAACAUUUCAUUUCUUUGCUGAUUUUACUUCCUCACAUCUUGUUACUCUUCUGGAAUGCAUUGCUGACACCUUUGAAGACAACAAGAUCGAAGCUUUAAAGAUAUUCACCAACUAUGUGAAGUGUAGUGAUUCCUCAGUCAUUGACCAUCAACAACUGAAAGAACUGUUUGAUACUUGUGUUAAGUUGUCUGUUAGUACAAGACCCCAGGACAGUACAGCAUCAGCUUAUUUAGCUCGCUGCUUGCUGCAAAUUGAUGGAAUCGCAGAUGUAAUGAAGGGGUACAAAUUGGAUUUGAAAAUUUUGAAAAAUGGUACGAAGAAUGGAAUUGACUCAUCAGAACCUCAUUCAAACUAUCUUCAGUUUGUUUUGUUGCUUUUGCUCUCAUUACAAGAUCAGACAGAAUUUGCGAAGAAGGGUCUUGUGCUUGCUGCAGCUAACCGACCAAUUUACCCAACGAUCCAUUGCAUAAGAUACAUUUUAGGCGAUAUCAAGCUCAAGUCCUGCAGCAAUAGCUCAUCUUGGAAACAUUGUUUCAAAAAUUUAGUGAAAGUUUGUCUCGAAGUGGCUGAAAUCGUUUCACCAGUCGUCCAGGAUUCAUCUCCAGAAGGCAAUGUCCCUGCUGAAGCUAUACGAGGUCCAGGUCUUAACUUUGAUGCUAUUGCUCAAACUGAUGAAGACAGGGAUUUGAUGCUGGAGGCGGAGAAAAGCGAGAAGACCGUUACUUUGAUGCCUGAAUAUCUGGUAGUAUGUUGCUGGAGAAGCAUCAAAGAAGUGUCUUUACUGCUUGGAGAAAUCUGUCUUAAAGUCAGUAUUGAAAACGAGAUCCAUAAUGAGCAAGGACUUCUGUCAUUUGACCAGAUUCAAGACGUUGGAAGUUAUUUCAUCACCCAGCUUCUGCAAUCCAAACAUCGAGGAGCUUUUGAGCUGGCGUAUGCAGGAUUUGUGAUGUUGACAGAAAGAUUGUGGAAGAGCCCUUUGGACAAGUUGAAUCGGUUGCCUUUAGUUUGGUUAGAUAAGCUGUUAGAAGAUAUUGCUCAGGAUGAUGGUACAACUGGAUUGUGCUCAACGCGGAGAAGUGCUGGUAUCCCAUUUUACGUACAGGCAUUACUUGGCACUGAACCCGAAGUCAACGAUCACAAAUCGUUUCAAAAGGCGAUGACAAUCUUACUGAAACUGUCAAUGAACGAAUCUUCUCCAUGUACGACCAACAAUCCGCCUCGAGUUCAUGCUCUGAACAUACUAAAAGUUCUAUUCAAAGAUAACAAGCUUGGUGAUUUUGUUUCGCCUUACAUAUCUGAUGGUCUCAUAGCUGCCAUUUUGGGAUUCAAAUCUAAAUUUUGGUCUGUUCGAAAUUCAUCCACUUUGUUGCUGAGCUCCUUGAUGACUAGAAUAUUUGGCGUCAAAGUGUCCAGAGAUGACUCAGAUUUGUCCCGAAAGAACUGUCUUACCGGACGAGCAUUUUUUCAGAAGUUCCCCAAGUUAUACGACUUUUUGUUGAGUGAAUUCAAAUCGGCGACUGAAAAUUUAUCAUCAGUAGACGGCAUCCAUCUUCAUCCGAGCUUGUAUCCAGUCUUGAUGGUCCUGGGCAGACUUUACCCAUCGGCAAUGGAAGGAACGGACACAAAUUUGAAUCUUGCAGCUUUUGUUCCUCUAGUCAUUAAA